AUGAGCUCUGAGAGCGAUCUAAGGCCAGAAUACGCUGAUGAUCAGCCUGGUGAAGAGGCUUAUAAAAGAGGGAACCAGCAUAAAUGGACGAAAACUCGCAGAUCGGAUUAUGAUAGGGACGAUACUGCGGAUUCUGACAGCAAGAAAUUUGGCGAAACUAAUGCCAACAAAGAACCUAGAUUACCCAAAAGGAAAGUCGCUGUGAUGGUCGGUUUCUGUGGAACUGGGUAUCACGGUAUGCAGUACAACCCACCAAAUCCUACCAUUGAGUCCGAGCUUUUUAAUGCGUUUGUCAAGGCUGGAGCCAUCUCAAAAGCGAAUUCGACAGAUUUGAGAAAAAGCGGAUUCAUGAGGGCCGCUAGAACCGACAAAGGUGUUCAUGCUGGCGGCAAUGUCAUUUCUUUGAAACUCAUUAUCGAAGAUCCGGACAUUUUGAAAAAAAUCAACGACAAUCUGCCCGAGGGCAUUCGAGUGUGGGACUUCAAGAGGGUCAACAAGGCCUUCGAUUGUAGGAAAAUGUGCAGUUCGCGCUGGUACGAAUACCUCUUGCCCACUUAUUCAUUUAUAGGGCCGAAACCUGGCAGUGCGCUGUUCGAGGACAUUGAGCUGAGUAAAGUUGAAAAACCAGGCGUCAUUCCAGCAGAUGAAGAAAGUGCUGGCUUCUGGGCCGCUUUCAACAAAGAUGCGGUCAAAACUUUUUCCGAAGCAGAAUUGAGUGAAAUAAAUGAGUAUGUUCCUCCGCCAAGAAAUGAAUUCGAUGAAACUGACCCCACCUAUCAGCUUGUGCGGCAGUUCAAACAGUUAGAAAAUACCCACCGUAGAGCUUACCGGGUGUCAACCGCAAAAUUGGAGGCAUUUCGAGCAGCAAUGGCCCAAUACCUUGGCCCGCACAACUUCCAUAACUUCACUUUGGGAAAAGAUUUCAAAGACCCAAGUGCAAUCAGAUUCAUGAAGGAGAUUAAGGUUUCUGACCCGUUUGUCAUUGGCGAGUGCAAGACUGAGUGGGUUUCCAUUAAAAUCCACGGCCAAUCGUUUAUGUUGCAUCAAAUUCGGAAAAUGAUUUCUAUGGCCACUUUGGUUACACGCUGCUCAUGUCCUGCUGACCGCAUAACAGAAUCUUACGGUGCACAAAAAAUUAAUAUUCCCAAGGCCCCAGCUUUGGGACUUUUACUCGAAUGUCCCGUUUACGAGGGCUACAAUAAAAGGCUGCAAGAAUUUGGAUAUGCUCCAAUCAACUUCGAUGAGUAUCAAAAUGAGAUGGACGCUUUCAAAAUGAAGUACAUUUACGAUAAAAUUUAUCAGGAAGAAGUGGACGAAAAUGUGUUUAACGCAUUUUUCAGCUAUAUUGACAGCUUCAGUAAAGUCACUGGUGUGCAUUCGGAGGCAGGGCUAGCAGGUUCCGAAGUCAGCGACAAAUUUCAAAAAAGCGUGUUCGACUUUUUGACGGCGCGGGGAAUUCACAACCCAAAAUCGAAUGCGAAUUCUAAGCCUUUAGAGUAA